AUGUCAAGUUUAAUUCCGUCACCGGACUACGGCUAUUCGGCACCUAAUGAUUCUAUUCCUUCCCCUGAUUAUAAUGCUACAUACAAGGCCAGUCAAGCACCUACCAAUCUUAUCCCACCGCCUGACUAUAUAGAUGGACGACCUUACGAUCCUAAGGUUGACUACGAGAAAACAAUCAGAUACACACAAAAAAGAUUCGGUAAUCGAUUAGCUCUUCCUAAGUUCAACAACAAUAAUCAUCUCAUUUACACUAGUGGUUCAUCAAACACACGUAGCGUCUCACCUGUUACUAAUCAAGUUGUUCCACAAGCGAGAGUUGUACAAGAAGUUGUACAUCACAACAACAAUGUCAAAGUUGAAGAACCUACAUCUCCUAGUCCAAAAGAUAACUUCAUCGCGCAUUCUUAUUUGGAGGAUAAAGGAAAAAUCAAUCCUGACGAUUAUGCCAAAAGCAAAUCAAUUAAGUCACACAUCAAAAACAUAGGAGUUCCUGUGUUUCCGGGUAUGAUGCCAGGUGAUGCCAGUGCUCAUGUUGACUCAGAUGAAGAAGACAUAUCUCCGGCCUUCUUACGCCAUCUCGAGAAUCACAAGAGUUUCGAUACAAUGAGGUCUUUAAGAAGUUGUCACCUUUGUGUUUUAAUGGCCAAAAAAGGAUUGAUUGACAUUGAAACAGGUGCCUUACUCUUCAACAUAACUGCCCCUACCAAAGUUCGAAAGCAUGUGAAAGAUCUCUUCCUUCGAGAAGAGGCAGGAGAGUGGACUCACACCAGAAGAUCGUAUGAGAAGAAGUUUCAGGGAGAAAUGUCCGUUGCCUUCGGAGAAAAGAUACAGGUGUUUGAACGAACAGAUACUCAUGCCCUCUGUGAGCGCUCUGAUGGUACAUGCGGAUGGUUGCCUAUAUCGAUAGUAUAA